CACACACACACACACACACACACACACACACAAGACACACACACUUGACACGCACACUUGACACGCAGACACGAAGACACGAAGACACGAAGACACGAAGACACGAGUCCCGAUCAUCGACAACAUGGAGGGCGACGCUGCUGUGCGACAGAACGAAGAGGUGGCGAAGACAAGGGAGGAGGAGCAUGAGCAGGAGGAUGUCACAACUCCAGCGGCAGACGAAGAAACGCCUGGCAGCACCGAGCAGCCGGUUGAAGACCACGCUGUAGCCGACGAUGAGGAAGAUGCGGACGAGGACGGGGAAUGGGAGAUGAGCGCGGCUGACAAGAAGAAGCUGCAGCAACAAGAGCAGCGAGCACAGAAGAGUGGACGCCACAAGUCCAAGCCCCAGAAGGACACAGCCCACUGCUCCGUACUCGUUGCGGAUACAGCCGCCUUCAUCAAGAACGCGCCGCUGUAUCGCCUUGCAGAGCGUGUCGUGACGGUGCCGGAGGUGUUGGCGGAGAUCCGUGACGAGGAGGCACGCCGGCGUCUGAAGAUGCUGCCGUUUGAGCUGGAGGUGCGCAACCCUUCCCCAGCCGCCAUUGCUGCCAUGUCCAGCUUUGCCAAGAAGACGGGUGAUCUCCGAGCGCUCUCCGCAACCGAUCUGCACGUGCUGGCCCUCGCAUACAUGCUGGAUGUGGAGGCCCACGGCAGCGACAAGCACCUCAACGCUGAGCCAAAGAAGGGCCCUGCGAAGAAGAAGCGCAACCGCAAGAACCGAAAGCGCGGCAAGAACAAGGCGGCCGCCAAUGACGCAGCGCAGAAGGGGAGUGGUGACACAGAGCAGGCUGCAAAGAGCGAGCGCACGCACGCAGAGGCAGCAGUGGCGACAGCACAAGCAGAACAGAAGAAGGAUGAGUCGGUGAAGGAAGAGGUCGAGCAGAAAGAGGACAAGCAAGAGGAGCAGGAAGAGGGAGCAACAAGCGAGGUGGCGAACAAGGACGAUGAGCAAGCUGUUGCCGCUGUUAGCGGCGAUGACAAUGGCAAUGGCGAGGAAGGAGACGAAGACGAAGACGCGGAAGAAGAAGAAGAAGAAGAAGAAGGGGACAACAACGCGGGAGACAAUGAGGCAUCAAACGAGGAAGAGGUGAAAGUUGAAGUGGACGAUGAUGAUGAUGACGAGCAGGAUGAUGAGCACGGUGCAGUUGCGGACGAGGACAACGUAGCAACAGCAGAUGGUCACACGCUCGAGCAACUACCAUCUGAUGGUGACGACGAUGACGACGCGGAGUGGCAGGUUGCCCCGACAAAGUCCAAGAAGAUGACAGAGGCGGCCCGGCGCAGGAAAGAGGCGCAAAUCCGGAGAGACGCAAAGUUCUUCUCAGCCACAGGGACAGCGGAUGGUAGCGACGGCUGGAUCACGCCCGCCAACAUGCCGAAGGUGGUGAAGAAGAUGAAGAAGGAAAAUGUCGACAAGUAUGCAUUCUCAAAGGUUGCGUGCAUGACGACGGAUUUUGCGAUGCAGAAUGUGCUGCUGCAGAAAGGACUGCGGCUCAUGUCACUGGACGGACUUCUGGUCCACCGCCUGCGCUACCACGUGCUCAAGUGCGAGGCGUGCUUUGCUGUCACUACUCAGACCAACCGCGACUUUUGUCAGUCGUGCGGCCACCCAACCUUGCAGCGCGUGUCUGCUGCUGUGGACAAGCGGGGCCAGGUGAAAGUCUUUGAACCUCGCGUGAAGCGCGUGAACCUCAAGGGCACAAAGUACUCUGUGCCGAUGCCAAAGGGCGGACGCGACCGGAGGAAGAACCUCAUCCUCACAGAGGACCAACAGGCCCGAGUUGCUAGCCUCCCUGCCCCACGAAAGAAGGUCGUGGACGUGUUCAGCGACGAUUUCCUCGAGCACCUGUCUCCGUUUGGCACGAGCAACGCCCCCUCCCGUCGCGCUGUCAACCGCAAGCCCGUGCCCGGUUACGGCCGCCGCAACCCCAACGAACCAAAGCCAAAGGGCAAGUCCAGGCGCAAGUAGAAGUGCGGGGAAGGGAAAGGCCAUGGGGUGGCGUUGUGGUGAUGGUGUUUGCGAAGGGUGGUGGCAAGUUGUGUUGUAGGGUUUGGGGAUUGGACGGCGGAGUGGCGGUGAUUUGCAGAGUGUGUUGUGGGGUGCACUUUCCUUCCGUGCUGUGUAUGUGUGUUUCGUUGUUGUGUUGUGUUGUCAUGUUGCGCUGCGUCUCUGUCGUACGAUCUGUACGAUGUGACGUGAAUUGAUGACAAUUGUUUACCUAGCCUGUGUUGUUUUGCUGCAAGCGGCACCUUGCGCUUCAAAUAAACACCAUCGACAAACGC